AUGUCCACCCCUCAUCCCUUCGGCUUGACCGGGAAGCACGUCCUCGUAACCGGUGCCGGCGGGGGCCUCGGCCGCGCAAUCGUCGCCGCCUUUGUCUCUGCGGGUGCUUACGUCACGGGAGCGGACCAGGACAUCACCCAGCUAGCCGGCCUGCCGCUGCAUCACCGCCUAGCUUUUGACAUCACGGACGCCGCGGCGUGCCGACGCGCCAUCGACGAGCUCGAAGUACUCGGCGCAACUCCAGACGUGCUGGUGAACAAUGCGGGUGCGUCGCGUGCCGACUCGCUCGCCUCGUUGGAGGAGGAGGGGAUGUGGGAUGCCGAGCUGGCAACCAACCUCACUGGCGCGUAUCAUGUCACUGCGCCGGUUACCAAGGUGUGGGACAAGGCUGGGCGGGGCGGCACGAUCGUGUUCACAAGCUCGGUGAACGCGCUAACGCAUUACGGUAAUCCUGCUUAUGCUGCUGCAAAGGCGGGGCUGAUUGCCUACGCGCGUGCUCUCGCCGUCGAACUCGGAUGCAAGGGCGUGCGGGCCAAUGUCGUCGCGCCUGGCUCGGUGCGGACGGCCGCGUGGGCCCACCGUGACCCCGCCGUACUCGACGCCGCAGCACGGCAUUACCCCAUCGGCAGAAUCCUCGCUCCUGAAGACGUCGCGAACACCAUUGUCUUCCUCGCCUCUCCACUGGCCGCGGGGAUAACGGGCGCCGUCAUUCCCGUCGACGGCGGGCUCAUGGCCGGCAACAUGCCGUUCGUGCGCGACAUCAUCGGAAGCGAUAUCUAG